AUGGCACCCAAGAAGAAGGUGGCCGUCAUGACCUCGGGAGGUGACUCCCCAGGCAUGAACGCCGCCGUCAGAGCAGUUGUGCGCACUGCGAUAAACAUGGGCUGCGACGCCUACUGUGUCUACGAAGGCUAUGAAGGUCUCGUACGGGGUGGAGACCUUAUCCGGCAGAUGCACUGGGAAGAUGUGCGUGGAUGGCUGUCGGAAGGUGGCACCCUCAUUGGUACGGCGCGUUGCAAGGCCUUCUAUGAGCGUCCAGGACGGCUGCUAGGCGCGAAGAACAUGGUCGCCAACGGCAUUGAUGCCCUGAUCAUUUGCGGUGGUGAUGGCUCCCUGACCGGCGCUGAUAAGUUUCGUCAGGAGUGGCCAUCGCUGAUAGAUGAGCUGGUGGCUAAUGGCGAUUUCACGGAAGACCAAGUCACGCCUUACCGUCACCUGAACAUUGUCGGGCUCGUCGGGUCGAUUGACAAUGAUUUGUCUGGCACGGACGCUACAAUCGGAUGCUACUCGGCCCUGGCGCGCAUUUGCGAGAUGGUUGACUACAUUGAGGCCACGGCGUCGUCGCACUCGAGAGCCUUUGUUGUUGAAGUCAUGGGAAGGGCAUCCGGCUGGUUGGCGGUCAAUGCCGGGACGGCCACGGGCGCCGAUUUCGUUCUCAUUCCAGAGAGACCUGAAGAGCAUGACUGGAAAGAGAAGAUGUCUCUUGUACAUCGUGAAAUGGGCAAGCGCAAGACCAUUGUCAUUGUGGCCGAAGGCGCGCGCGACAAGGAGGGCCAGAAGAUCACACCCACCGAAAUCAAGGACCUUCUCUCAGACACCAGCGAGAACGGUCUCGCACUGGACACACGCAUUACCACACUAGGCCAUGUCCAGCGUGGUGGCAGCCCAGUACACAUGGAUCGGAUGCUGGCCACGCUGCAAGGCGUGGAGGCUGUCAAGGCCGUGCUUGAAGCGACGCCCGACACCGAAACGUGCUUCAUCGCCCUCGAGGAGAACAAGAUUGUCCGCAAGCCCCUUAUGCGCGCCGUGAAAGAGACACAGGAACUGGCAAAGGCCGUGGAGUCAAAAGACUUUACGCGUGCCCUGCAACUGCGCGACAGAGAGUUUGCCGAUUCGCUCAAAUCGUACCAUAUAACCACAAACGUCACAGUAGAUGACGACAAACUGCCAACGGAUAAGAGGAUGCGCAUUGGAAUGAUCAAUGUUGGAGCCCCCGCCGGUGGCAUGAACGCCGCUGUUCGAGCCGCUGUGGCCUAUUGCAUUUCGCGUGGGCACGAGCCUGUGGCCAUCCACAACGGAUUCGCUGGAUUCGCUCGCCACCAUGGCGAUAAACCACUGGGCGCGGUACGUCCUUUCAACUGGCUUGAAGUCGAUAGCUGGGCUAGCAAAGGAGGCUCGGAGAUAGGAACCAACCGGGAGCUGCCCGAGGAAUCCGGCAUGGAGUUGAUUGCCAACCUGAUUGAGAAGUAUCAGUUCGAUGCUCUCUUCCUUAUCGGAGGCUUCGAGGCCUUCCACGCCGUGGCGCAGCUGCGUCGAGCUCGAGAUCAGUUCCCUUCCUUGUGCAUUCCGAUGACGCUGCUACCCGCUACGAUCUCGGUGAAUGUCCCCGGAAGCGAAUACUCACUUGGCUCAGAUACUUGCCUGAACGAGCUGGUGGGCUACUGUGACAAGAUCAAGCAGUCUGCCUCCGCCACUCGCCGCCGCGUCUUUGUCAUCGAAUGUCAGGGUGGACGAUGCGGAUACACAACUGUUUUGGCCGGAUUGUCCGUGGGAGCCUCGGCAGUGUAUAUCCCUGAGGAGGGUAUAAGCCUGAGCAUGUUGCACGCCGAUGUCCACCACCUAAAGGAAGUGUUCAAUGCCGAUAGGGGCCAGUCACGUGCAGGUCGCCUCAUUCUCGUCAACGAAAAGGCUAGCAAGGUGUACGAUGCAAAGCUCAUUGCGAGCAUCAUCCGUGAAGAAGCCCACGAUCGCUUCGAGAGCAGAGAGUCGGUGCCAGGGCAUGUCGUACAAGGCAACAAUCCUUCCGGCAUGGACAGGUGUCGCGCUGUGCGUCUUGCCAUCAAAUGCAUCCAGCACCUGGAGAAUUUCGGACGCAACGCACACAACCGCGUCAAGACAGACCCGUCUAGUACCACGGUCAUUGGCAUCCAGGGAUCGGAGAUUGUGUUCAGUUCUGUCAAGCAACUGGAGGAGACGGGCACCGAUUGGCCGAACCGCAGGCCAAAGAUCGCGCACUGGUUGGAGGUGCGCGAUGUUGUCGAUGCCCUCAGCGCCCGGCCGGCUUAUCCCAAGCCUGAGAAGAGUUUGACGGGUCUCAUUGCGAAGGACACGAAGCGUGGGUUGGCGUGA